UAUAACUUUAAUUCCAAUCAUCAUAGUAAUUAAAGAGAAAAUUUUGAGGUAUUGAUUCCCCCAUCUUCUCUAGCAAAAUUAGAAAAUUAUUCUUCUUCUUCAUCAUUUUCAUCUAAAAAAAAUCAUCCAACUUUAUGUUGAACUCUUGUGAAGAAAUUAGUCAAAUUAAACUCAUUUCUGAAUGUUUUGUUACACCCAAAAAUGAAGUUGAAUCCUCGAAUCAACCUCACUAUUUAGGCCCGAUUGAUCUGGCCUUAUUAUCCUUAGACCAAAUGCAAAAAGGUCUCCUUUUUCCUUCUAAACCCAAAAAUAUUAAAUCUCAUCUUUUAGACAAGUUCAAAAACUCAUUGUCUAUUUCCCUUGUUCAUUUCUACCCUUUAGCUGGUCGAUUAGCCACCCAAAAAUUCCAUGAUGAACAUGCCAUCUGGGUGUACGUGGAUGGUAGCAAGGGUCCUGGUGCUCGCCUCAUCCACGCUUCUGUAGAUGAUCUACUUUGUUAUGAUCUGAUCUCAUCUAAUGAUGUCCAUCCAAUUGUCCGGUCAUUUUUUGACCUUGGUGAGAAAGCGGUCAAUCACGACGGUCAUACAAGACCUCUUUUGUCAAUUCAAGUAACCGAGCUUCUUGAUGGAGUCUUCAUUGGGUUUACAAUGAACCACUCUAUUGCUGAUGGUACCUCAUUAUGGCAUUUCAUUUCUACCUUGUCCCAAAUUUUCCUUCAAUUGGAUGACAAUUAUGAUGGGCCUAAAGAAAAUGCCAUCAUGUCCAUCUCUCACAGGCCCAUUUUCGAGCCCUUUUUUCCUGUUGGGUUUGGCCCAAUUCUCAAGUUGCCUUUUCUUGAGCCCAAUGAGUUCAUAACUCCAAACAUUGACAUAGGUCCGUUAAGAGAGAAAAUAUUUGACUUCUCGUCCACUUCAAUUUCAAAGAUCAAAAUCAUGGCUAACCAAGAAUGCGGACUAGGCCACCAUACUAUCUCUUCCUUCCAAGCCUUGUGUGCAUUUCUAUGGAUAUCCGUCACACGUGCUCGGAACUUGGAACCCGAUCAAGAGACCACCUUCGGAGUGGCCAUAAACUUCCGACCCAAAAUCAACCCGCCAUUGACCGGUGACUACUUUGGGGGGUUCAUCAAAAGAGCCCAUGGUACUUGCAAUGUAGGAGAGCUUUUGGGCAAAGGUUUAGGUUGGGCUGCAACAAUCAUCCAUGAACUUAUUAUUGGCCUAGAUGAUAAAGCGAUACGUGCCUUUCUUAAUAGGCUUAUUGAGGCACCUUUUGUGGUUCAGCCCAAUAUGACUAGUGUGUACUAUCAGCCCAAUAGCUUGUUGAUAGGCGGAUCGACGAAAUUCGAUAUGUAUGGGCCUGAAUUUGGGCUUGGUAAAGCAGUGGCUGUUUUAGCCGGGUAUGGUAACAAAGAAGAUGGGAAGGUGACUGCAAAUCCAGGACGUGAAGGAGGUGGAAGUGUUGAUUUAGAAGUGUGUCUUAGGCCAGAGACAAUGAAUGCUCUUGUAUUAAAUGAGGAGUUCAUGAGUUUUGUCUCGUAUAUUUGAAUUCAAUUAUUCAUUGUUACUCCGCUGGCCAUGAGAGCUGAUACACAUACAACACCAUUAGAAAUUUGAUAAAUCAUUAAAAGAGAGGAGAAAACUAGGAGUCAAAUAUAAAUUGAAUUCAAAUGGAACUUGGACCCAUAAUUCUAGCCAUUAAAAACAUGAAAAAUUAAAGUUGUAUGUAGGGACCACAUAUAACAAUUAUAUUAUUAAUUAAAAGUAUUUUUAAUAAGAGUUGAGUAAUUUCACAUGUAUAAAUUACAUUCUUUGUGGAGAAGCCAUACUUUUAUGGGGUAAAAAAAAAAAAAAAAAAAAA